AUGUCAAACCAGACAUCAAACUGUCAUCCACGUCCUAUAAUUAACCAUCCCAACCUUACUGUGUGUCAAAAAUCAUUUUGUGGAGCGUUUUUUGAUUGCUCGUCCAAUGCAUCUUCACCAGGUUGCGUUGCUUCAUCACCAGUGUGUCAUUCUGGUGUUUAUGGGAUUAUAGAGUCUCCGCAAAAUAGUUCAAUCCCAACAGCACAGACGAUUGCUUUGUCUGCACACCAUAUUUCUUACAACCCAGCUACUGUUGUUCCUCCAGGUAUUACCACAACAGACAGGAUGCAUGGAAAUCCAUCCGCAAACAGACUCACUCAUAGCCACAGUGCUCAAGAUGCUGGGGGCUUCAUGUUUCAGUCACUGUUUCCUUCCCCAGGUCAAAUGUUGCAUUGCUUUGGUUCACACCUAACUCCGAAUCAUGUUCAAAUGCACCAAAUUUCUCCGUCAACCAACAUGUAUAGUCCGUUGGUUUCACUUCCAGUGCCUUACUUUUCCCUUGGAUCAACUAUUUCAAACUCUUUGUCUUAUAACCCUUUAGUUCAUUCAACUAGAUCCGCUUCUAAUUCAACAUGUUUAGGCACAAAUAAUAAUCCUUCCGGUGCAAGUCCAUCAAUCAAUCGAAGACCUCGUCUUCCUAAUAGUAAUUCAUGUGCAUUUAGUGAAUUACGGCAAUCGGGUCCUGUUCUACCACUAACUUCAAACAUUGGAAUAACACAAAAUCCACCAAACUGUGGUUUACGAGAGCUUACUCCAUGCAAUCAUGACACAUCUGCAUACAAUGAGUCACAGAUUCAUAUCACAGAAGAUAAAUGCUUCCCACAGUCAGGUAGAAUUUGCCAUCGUCAAGUGACCCUGACCACUCAAAACCCAAAAAUAAAAUAUAUUGAUGAAUCUUUAUUGUCUUCAGAAUCAAAAUCUAGUCCUACUGGAGGAUCUAAACUAGAACAGGGUAACAAAAAAGGUGCUCCGCUCCCUCCACCACUCCCUCCCCGGUCAAAUUUGCGAAAUCAAGUUGCCUCAACCACAAAUACUCGUACCAAACCUGCAGAUCAUAUAAUCUCGGCGACUUCUACCAAUCCUGUAAUAACUUCACACACCUACAAAAAAGAAACUGCGAGCAGACCUCAAUCAUUAAAUACAGGUGUAUAUCGACAGAAUAAUCGGACAACAAGCAAUGCGAAUAAAAAUGCAACAAGUCCCGUAGCCAUGAUAAGCUCUUCUUUUGUAUCGAGUAUCUUCGAAGAGCCGUCUAACGUUGACACUAUAAGUCCUGCCGUUCAAACUCCGAAUGAUAACAUACAAUCGGUAUUAUGUACAGCCAACGGCAUGAACUCGCCAUCAAAUACCCCUCCAAAACUACCUCCUCGUAUGGUGAUGUCAAACAAUAGCAAUUUGUUAACACCCAAAAAAUGCCAAGCUCCUGAAAAAGCUGAAAAAUUAAACACACCACACCUGAAUACCCCUACAGAACAACAAGAUGAAACUGGAGUAGAUGGUUUUUGUAGUCGAUCGGCUAGUCCUUUUGUAAAUCAACCAAUAAAAACAUGUUUACCCAGUCCGAUAGAACCUGUAAAUCUUUUAAAACUUGAUCAUACUGGUAAUGCAGAAAAAUCGACAACGAAACUACCAACACAAUUCCCAGAACCUGAAAUAACAGAAGAAUCUUUGGAUUCAUCUCACGAACAACAUACAUUUCGAAUGGUAAAACCAGUUAAUCCGGCUGUUUAUCGACGUUUUAUGGAACAAAGAAUGGCUGAUAUUGGUAGAAUACACCGAGAACGUAAGGAAAGACGUGAUCGUCUUGAAUCCGAAAUGUCUAAAGUUGGUUUAGAUGAAAACGCUCGUAUUCAAAUGCGUUGUCUGCUUCGCAAAAAGGAAUCUAAUCACAUGAGAAUGCAACGUGCAAAAAUGGAUCAAUCAAUGUUUUACAGGAUAAAACAUUUAGGAGUCGGAGCAUUUGGUAAAGUAUGGCUUGUGCGCAAAAAGGAUAAUAACCAAUUAUAUGCUAUGAAGUUAUUAAAUAAGCGAGAUGUUGUAGAACGCCGACAAUUAGCUCAUGUACAAGCUGAAAGAGAUAUUCUAGCUGAAGCAGACAAUGAAUGGGUAGUAAAAUUGUUCUUUUCAUUCCAAGAUUCACGAGCACUUUAUUUAGUCAUGGAAUAUAUCCCUGGUGGCGAUAUGAUGUCAUUACUAAUCAAAAAAGGUAUUUUCGAAGAACCAUUAGCACGGUUUUAUAUUGCAGAAUUGACACUAGCACUGCAGAGUGUUCACGCGAUGGGAUUCGUCCACAGAGAUAUCAAACCUGACAAUAUUCUGAUUAACCGUGAAGGACAUAUUAAACUGACGGAUUUCGGUUUGUGUACUGGCUUUCGUUGGACACACAGCUCCAAAUAUUGGGAUCUGGACUUCAAUAUACCUUGUUCUUCACCCAGCCGUAAUAGAAUAAAUCGAGCUAAAACGGCUGAACCACGUGAGUCAACCAAAUUAGCUGAUGAUCAAAUCACCAAAAUCUGUAAAGAGUGCGAUGAAGACGAUGUUACAACUAUAGAAAAAGAAGAGAUUGGAAUUCUGGAACAGGUGCGCAAUCCUCACCAAACAAACGGCAAACAAUUCACAGCAUUACGAGGAGUACACCAUGAUAAAACACUUGAAAGACGUAGGAACAGUUUCGCUAAUCGUCGAUGUGCACAAUCUUUAGUUGGAACACCAAAUUACAUUGCGCCAGAAAUUUUACGUAGGCAAGAUUAUGGACAAGCGUGUGACUGGUGGUCAGUUGGAGUGAUUUUAUACGAAAUGCUUGUUGGUCAACCUCCUUUCCUAGCUCAGACAGCUGCAGACACUCAAAUUCGUGUUGUACAGUGGUACAAUUACUUAAAGUUACCCGGCGAACCACGUUUAAAGACAAACGCAAGUAAUCUCAUACGUCAACUCCUCCGAGAUCCAGCUGAUCGCUUAUCGGACCCCGUAAAAAUAAAAUCUCAUCCUUUCUUUGAGUCAAUUGCAUGGGACAAACUUGUUCAUCAAACUCCCCCAUAUGUUCCAACUAUUCGCGAUGAGUUAGAUACAUCCAAUUUUGACCCAGUUGACGAUGAACGUACACUUAACAGUGGUGGAAACAAUCAUAGUUUGGAUUUUUCAUCAGCUAACAAUACUCAAUUGCCGUUUCCUAAUUUUACAUUUAAACGAUUUUUCGAUCGAGAUCCAACCGCUGUUCAAACUCCAUAA